AUGUCGGACAAUUUCUUCGGGACCAUCGGGAAUGAGGACACCGUCUAUCACAGUGAGGGUGGCUUCGAUGACAGCUUCAAGAUCGACAUCAAUUUCACAAAGAUGGCGUUUGAGGAAACCCUGAUUGUCUCAGAAGCAUCCUCCAUAUUUCGUGUUAAUUACUGUGGCAAUCCAUGGGUCUUGAAGGUUUUCCACAAUAAUGGGGAUCUUGGGUACGCCCACGAUGGUAUUCGAGAUUUGGACCACUCUCACUACGAGAUAAGGGCAUACUGCAGGCUCAAACACUUUAUGCUAGCUAUUGACCUCACCAACUGUACUCCUCGUCUUGAUACAUUUCAACGUGACACAGGUCCUCCAUCUGCCAUUCUUAUUGAGUACUUACCAAAGCCUUUGGGAGUGGUCAUUGACAUUCAGAAGAAGACCAGAAAAAAGGUAUUCGGCAUCUUGUUGAUCUUUGAGGAAGACUAG